AUGUCAUUCCCAUCGGGAUUAUCAGAUCUCUUUCAUCGUUCAAAACACGUUUGGUCUUCUUUACGACAUGUGGGAUUUGGUCAUGAACAUUUGAGAGGUUUUAGUCAUGGAUCUGGUUUGGGGAUUGGACAUGGGAUUGGGGGAGGUAUUUGGGAAGAAGGUAUAUGGUGGGAUUGGUUGAGAAAUACUAGGAGUAUGAUGUUUUGGUUAGCGUUGGUUUUACUUUUUGUCAUCAUAGCUACCAUCCUCAACCCAGACGAAAACUCUUUCAAAUCUCAUCUCACUGAACUCUCUUUUCGUCGUCAUCUCGCUCUCAUCCAUUCUCGUCCCGACCACGUACAAGGAGAAGAAGAUGAUAAAGAUUCUCCCGCACCUUUCAGGUUCUCAAACCAUGUGGCUAUCUCACUCCGGACACCACAACUCUUGUACCGCGCCAUGUUCUUGUAUUCCGUCGUGAUCACGUCACCUCUCGCCCCUCCUACUUUCCUCGACGCUCCCAAGGCAAAGUCAAAUGCUGAGAGUAAGGAUGGGACGGUGGUUUGGAUCGGUAUUUUGGGUCAUUGGUAUUAUCUUGGAGAAUGUGCGGGAGUUUGGGGUUGGUAUUGGCGACGAAUGGCCGAAAGGGGUGGAGGGAAGAAGGGUAAGAGGAAAGUUAAUGGAGUGAGAGCGGGGGUGUUGGAUAUGAAGGUCGUAAUGGCCAAAGAGGAUGUAUCUGGUAGAUCAGCUCCUAGUACACCAGCCACGAAGCUACUGCGUAAAUCCGACUCAAUUGCCAGUCUCACCGACCUCUCCUUGACCUUACCACUACACACCCCUCCUCAAAUCCGUUCUCGUCGUCCGUCCAUCGGACAUUCGUCCUCCGCCACUCCCCACUCCCCACCUGUGACCGAAGCCGAUUCUCCCCUCAUAACUUCUCUCAAAACCGAUCUCACUUCCAUCCAGUCAGUAUUGGUCGAUCUCAGAGCUCAACUAGCCGCACGCGAUAUGAAUCCGGGUGAUAUAUCAUUACAAAAUACACUCGACGAGUUACGUCAUAAACGUAAAGAAGAUGAUGCCGAGCGACAAGAAAUCAAAUCUCGGACUAAAACUCUCGAAGAACAAAAACGUCAGGCUGAAGGUGCUCGUAAAGAAGCCGAAAAGAAACAUCGAUCGGUAGAACAUGCUCGUACUGUCCUGGAAAAUAAGAUCACUAGCGUAAUAUCUGACACUCAAGGAUAUCGAGAUCGAAUGACGCGUAGUGCUCAUACCGUAAAACGGAUCGAAAACGAUGGGAAAAGACAUACGGAAGUCAUUCAUCAAAACAUUCACGAGAAGAAACAAGAAGUGACCGUUUUGGAAGACGAAUUGAAUAAGUUGGAAGAUAAAAACGAAGGGUUGUCAAAGAAUAUGAAAGAUGCAGUCGAAAGAUUGAAAAUGGUUCAAGAAGCGGAACACAAUAGAAAUCUUAAUCCGGAGGAAGAAAUGAUGAUGAUGGCUGCGGCUUACGAAGCUGCAGCUCAAGAAGGUUAUCACCAUGGAAUUCCUACGACUCAAACACAAGCACAAGCUCAGGGGAUUUGGACAAAUCAAGCUGCUCAAUAUAUGGCCGAAGCGGGCUUUCCUCAUUUGGACGCUAAUUACACAUCUCGACCGAUCCAAAUUAAACCUGUCACGGAUAAACAAUUUCCCGCGUCUUCAAUUACUCCUCCAUCUUCUAUAAAUCUUACGUCUACCAAUCCUAUUCCAUCUUUCAUCCCAAGCAAUCACAGUUCUUCCAUUCCAACCUUUAUUCCUUCAAACUCCGUAGAUCAACCUCUUGUCCACUCGACAUCUUCUGUCAAUCCUGUCGACCCCUCUCAUACUGUCACUUCGAAGGGGAAGAAUAACUUGAUUCUUGCUAACGAUCGUUCUUCCACUCCAGUCGAUCGAGAAAUAGAAGAAGAUCCAGGAUCUCCAAGUUCCUUAUCCACUUUUUCUACCAAUCUCCUACCUCAAGGUCUGUUCCGAUCUUUGGAAGGUGAAACAUCCACAUCGGACCUCUCUCGAUCUUCUUCCCCGACCACGAUGAAACACGAAUCCAUGUCAUAUCCAUCAGUCUUGAAAACGUAUGGUAAACCACCUAUACCUAAUGGUAUACUAGCGGGAUAUUAUUUACCUGGUGAAAAACCUUUUGGAGAUUUUCAACAUCCUUUAGAAUACAUUCCACAAUCACCUGAAGAACCAUUAAACUUCGAUCGUCCUCUUCAGAUAUUUAAUCCACCCGAACAUCCCAACGGUCCACCAGUGAGGUCGUCCAUGGAAUAUUAUCAAACUCAUGGACAUUUGUUAGGUAGUGGUAAUGGUAAUAUAAGAAAUGGAGAUUCAGGUUCAGAUUCAGGAGAAGAUUGGUUUACACCUGAAUUACGUCGUCAAACAACACCACCUCCACCACCACCUAUCACUUCUUCUGAUUCUAAUCCUAAUUCUAUACCUGAAAGUCCAUAUUAUGGUUUUCCAUCUCCUGCUACAUAUCUUCGUAUAAAAGCACGUGAACCGAAAGAAAAACCAUCACAACGUUCAAUUUAUCCAUUACCACCUUCAGGAAGUUAUUACGAUUUGAUACGUCCUAAAUCCACCGAUAUUUCAAAUGUUAGACCCCGUUGGUUUGAAAAUACAAAUUCAAACUCAAAUCCUACAACUUCCAAUCCUGCAACUUCCAAUACAAAUACCAACAUCAAUGGAAACUCUACAGAUAAUCUAUCGUUCAGACCAUUCCAUUCAACAAACUCUAAUGAUUCUUUGAAUUUACCAUACGAAUCUUCACCUUUCGCUCCUAGUGCAAGUGAAAAACAAGCUUUAUCAAGAUGGGGAGGAUCGAUCAAAUAUCCUUGGACGGGGAAUUCGAAUCAACCAUCGAAUGAGAAAUACGUUUAUUCUCUUUCCAGUACUGGGUUGAUGUCUUCACCAGAUGUUAUUAGAUCUUCUUCAAGAUCUACCGUCGUUUCUACUGGUCAAAAGAAUAUUUGGACAAGACUUAGAGGUGAUGGGGAUGUCAUGAAUGGUUUAUUCGGACAUGGUAUUGGGAAUAAAAAUGUGAUUGGGAAUGGAUCUGGAUCUGGUAGUGGGAAUGGGAAUGGAAAUGGAAUUGAACAUGGAAAUGGAAAUGGACUUGGAAAUACAACUGGGCAUGAAGUUGGACAAGGAAGUGGGACUGGGGGUGGAAGUGCGGUUUUGGGUGGAGAAAGGUUAGAAAAAGGAGAAGAAAAGAAACCAUUCAGUUUUUUCUCUCUUAGGAAACCUUCUCAAUCGGUUCAACCGGGGAAUGAAGAUUGA